AUGAAUAGGAGGCUAUCCCAACAACAACUCCCCCCUGUCGUAUAUUCCAACUUUGGCCUCGCGUUCGCUCUUGGCCCGCCGGCGGAAAAAAGCUGCCCAACGCCGCCAGCAGCAAGCAAUCUAACCAGGCCAACUCCUAUUUUCUAUUUCCGGGAACUCCAUCAGCCAACUAGCCAUGCGUCACCCAUCAACAGUCACCAGUUCUCAGCAGCGAAGCCGGUUGCGCCAACUCCACAGACAUACGCUCCAUUGCCAAACAAGGCACCGCUAUUCCAGAGCAUCAAAUGCCAAAUGCAAAAGGUUAAUGCCCAAAACGAGCAAAUGGCUGGCAAAGAACUUGAUCUGUCGGCCAUGCCGCCGCACCGUUACGUCAGGGCGGGUAGCACGACACCCUCAUUCAUUGACAAUUGUCUUGACAACCAGCCGCACCAGCCGCACCAAUUUCGCCCUCGGCUAAUAUACUUUUUGGUCCAACGUAGCAAUCGAGUUGACAGGUCAUCAUCUGGCGCGGACAACUGGCACAAAGCAAAGGCUAUAACCGCUAACAUGCAAGGAAAACUAGCCAGCCAGGCCUGGUCAAGUGAGGCGCCUCGUACGUUGCUGUGA